CACCAACACCAACACCUCUACAUACUACCUACCUCACCAAACCACAAAUACAAAUACAACCCACGAAAUGGAUCCCCCUCGCAAACCACCAAGCUCAACCUCAACCUCAACCUCCCACCUAAAACCCCCUCCCCACCACACCCCCCGACCAACCACAACAACAAGCUCCUCAGGAGGCACACCGGCACCACCACGCGCGCCCGUAACCGCACACCCCAGCGCCACAAUCGCCGAAACGACAAUCUUCCAAGGGACGCACGCGAUCUCCAUCGGCGCGGGGACAGUGAUUCACCCACGAGCGCGCCUCUACUCCUUCCACGGCCCCAUCAUCAUCGAAGAGACGUGCAUCAUCGGCGAAAAGAGCGUGAUUGGAACACCACCGCCCACCACUUCCACCCUCCCUUCUACUUCUCCAGGGGACAGAGUCGGGGAACAAGACACCGCCCUCCCCACCACGCUCUCGGCGUCCGUGACCCUCGGCCCCGGCGUGACCGUCCACUCCGGGACGCGGCUGCACACGGGGGUCCUGGUGGAAGCGCUGGCGACGGUGCGUGCCCGGGUGAGUGUGGGCGCGCACUCGAAGAUCUGUGCGGGCUGCGAGGUGGCGGAGAGGACGGAGCUGAGGGAGUGGAUGGUUGUUUGGGGGAGUGGCGGGGUGGGACAGCGGAGACGGGUCAGGGCGAAGGGGAAGAUGAGCUCGGCGACGGCGGCGGCGCAGGGGGUGCAGGCUUUGGAGGCCGGGGUGAUUGAGGAGGCGCGGUUGAUGGUGUUGAGGAAGGAGAGGGAGGCGCUGGCGAGGUUGAUUGGGGCGAGUUCGGGGAGACGGAGAUAGAGGUAUUUACCUGGGGCAUAUGGUUCAGACAGGGUUAAUGAUUGAGAUGAGAUGGGUUUUUUACUGAUAUUUUGCAUGAUGCGUGCGUUCGAUACCCAUGAUAGAGUUCUACAAUGUUAUUAUUAGUGUCAAGACUACAACGAUUGAUGGUGG